GUGUGAGAGUGUGUGUGUGUGUGAGAGAGAGUGUGUGAGUGUGUGGGUGCGUGUGAGUGUGUGGGUGCGUGCGAGAGAGCGGUGGGGGGGUAGAAUUGCAAUGUUAGCGGCCUCUCGUUCUCUCCCUGGUUCGGAGUGGUUCCUGUGGAUUUUUGAGUCGUGUCUCUCUCUCUCUCUGCUGCCAGCUUCCUGCCUGUAAAUACUGAGCCGUCAGACCUUACAUGGACAAAUCUCCCGGCUUGCAGACUUGUCAGAGUUUCCCUACUAGAUCCUGCUCCUCCCCUCCUGCUUUCCAGUCCUUCGCUAAACUUGCCAGGAGAGCGUAGCCCCUCUCUCGGGUCUCUGCGGGAUGGGAGAGGCUCGGGACACGGAGUAACAGGGAGCAACACAGCAUCUGUCGGAGGCGCAGAGAGAGAGAGAGAGAAGGAGACAGGAACUGGAGGAUGGAUGAUUUGGAUGCCCUGCUAGCGGACCUGGAAAACACCAGCUCCCACAUUUCCAAGAGACCUGCAGUGCUCCCAGAAACGCCGACAGCUCGCCCCAUGGAUUCGGGGACCAUCUGCCCCUCGGUCAUUCACAGCGAUGGGCACCGGAGGGACACAGCAGGAUCCCAUCAGCCUCCUCCACCGGCUUACACACCACAACAGGUGAACGAUGGGAGAACGGGAUCUACCGCCCUCAUGGUGUCUGCGUCUCUGCCCCUCAGCACCGUCUGUAAACCCAAGGCCGGGGAGCAGGCACCGCCCGGCAAUUCGACCAUGGUAGGCAGCGGCCUAUCCGAGCUGGAUCGCUUACUACAGGAGCUCAACACUGCCCAGUUUAACAUCACAGAUGAAAUCCUGGCCCAGUUCCCUCCGGGAAAAGCAGCUGAGAGCCGGGAAGGGGCGAGGGAUCCGGGCCCGGGCUCCGGCCUCGCUGACGAGGGGACCCCCCAGAAGCCGGUUGCUGGGGAGGUGGAGGAGGAGGUGACCUCGAAGGAGAUGGGGAGUGGUCCGCAUGGCCUCGUUGGAGUUUCGACCCCGCGGGAGCAAGCUAAAACCUCAGCGACGUCAGCAACGCUGGAGUUGGAUAAACUCAUGGAGUCCCUGUCCGAUUUCCAACUGCACAGCCAACCCCCAGCCCAGCCUUGUGUCCCGGUGCUGAGCCCGGGGCCGGUCAGUGAGAUCCCGGUGUUGGGUCCUGCUCCAAACCUGGACAAUAUGUUGGGAAUGCUGCAAUCCAACUUGCACCGGCAAGGAAUAGUUACCGUGCCGAAGGGAUCCUGUACAGCCUGCCGUAAGCCAAUCGUGGGCCAGCCCCCGACCCCCCGACCCCACCCCCCGACAGGGUUCCACGAGCGCGACGGGAAGCCAUACUGUCGGAAGGAUUUCUACCAUCUCUUCGCCUCCCGUUGCCAUGGCUGUGGCCAGGCCAUCUUGGAGAACUACAUCUCGGCCCUCAACGCCCUUUGGCACCCCGAGUGUUUCGUCUGCCGGGACUGCUACACCCCGUUUGUGAACGGGAGUUUUUUUGAGUUUGAGGGCCAGCCGUUCUGCGAGGUGCACUACCACCGGAAGAGGGGGUCCCUGUGCUCGGCGUGUGAGAAACCCAUCACCGGGCGCUGUAUCACUGCCAUGGGGGUCCGCUUCCACCCCAAACACUUUGUCUGUGCCUUCUGCCUGAAACAGCUCAACAAAGGCACCUUCAAGGAACAGAACGAUAAACCUUACUGCCAUCCCUGCUUCACCAAGCUCUUCGGCUAGACGUCUGGGUCUGGAUCAGGGUUGUGGAUUGCGAGCCUGAGGUAUCGGUGACGUCUGGGUCGUGGGGUGGUGGAAGGGCUAGACGUCUGGCUCAGGACAGGGAUGGGGCUAUAUGUCUGAGUCAGGGCUGGGGGUGGGGGAAGGGCUAGACGUCUGGGCCAGUGCCCUGGGUAUUGCCCCCAACCCCCGACCAGCCCUAGGCCCAAGGCCCUCGGCCCACGUUUGAAGGCCCCUCGGUUGGUAUUUAUUCUGGUUCGCUGUCCCCGAUCCUGGCGCAGACAGACGCUGAGUGGCUAACGCAGUAUAAAUCACAGCAACAUCCGGCCUAGUACCUUCCCCCACCCCGACCCCCCCCUACCCCUACCCCUACGUCACCGAUACCUCAGGCUCGCAAUUCACAAUAAACUCUAUCAACUGCU